UUUUCAUUCAUCCCUUAGGAAUUUGAGUGAUAUAAAUAGCAUUGUCUCUCUCAACCACAUUUUGGAUUUGACAAAAUUGAAAAAGUAAAAUAUAUUGUAUAUGUAUUACAAUGUCCUUUUAAUAUUCAGUGUUUGAACCAGUUUAUGAUUCAUAAAUGCUUGAAUGCAAAUGUGAUCAUCAAUAUUUUAUACAGACUAAGAAGGAACAUAGCUUCACUCAGCAGCACACAGAAGCAGGGAACUUUACAGCUAAUUUACAGUUUUCUGGUGGUUAAGUUUAACAACACUAAAAAUCACCCUGUAGCCUAUGGCUACCGUCCACGAAGUCAACUUAAUCUUUGUGUCACCUGUGAACUUACUGAUCACCUCAGUUAUUGUUGAAGCAACAUUGCUAAUGGUUUGUCUCCUAAAACACAUGAAAACUUCUACAGAUGUACCAUGGGGAGCAUUCUGACUGGCUGCAAUACUGUCUGGUAUGGCGGGGGGGAGGCUACUGCACAGGAUCAAAAUAGGCUCCAGAGUUGUAAAAUUAGUCAGCUCCAUCACGGGUACCAGCCUCCAAGACACCUUCAAGGAGCGGCGUCUCAGAAAGACGAUGUCCAUCAUUAAGGACCCCCAUCACUCAGGACAUGCCCUCUUCUCAUUGUUACUGUCAGGAAUGUUCAAUGCCUCAAGGAUCUGUGAUUUUUUUUGUGAGAAUGAAGUAAUGGUCUUUUGGAGGUCACCUGAUGUAAUUUUCCCACCGGUGAGGUCACGUGACGACAUGUGCACCACAGGUAUAUAAGGGUAGACUCCAGAUGACGCAGUGAGUUUUUAGUUUGUAGAUUUCCAGGUAGAACGUGCUGUGUCUCCGUUUCUGUUGCGUGUUUGUUUUUGUGACGCAGUUUCAUUUUUGAAACGGUUGUGUGUUCUGUUGCAAGAUACAAUGUUAUUGGACUGGAAAUUUUUGGCUAGAUGUGCUGAUUUACCCUAUUCCAGCAGUAGAAGGGAGAGUGAAGACUUUAUCGUAGUACAGGAUCGAAGGAUUGAGAGGAGUCGGCAUCGUUUGGCAGUUUAACAAAGGAUCAACCUUAUUGAGUCUUCGUUGAAGGAGUAGCGACCUGCAUCGGAGAUAACUCUUGCCAAAAGAGAAAAGAGCUCAUGCAAAGGAAGGAGGUACAAAAGCCUGAAGGCACACACUCAACAAUUCAGGAACAGCUUCUUUUCCUCUGCCAUCCGAUUUCUAAAUUGACAUUGAACCCAUGGACACUACCUCACUAUUUUGUUUAAAUUUCUGUUUUGCACUACUUAUCUUAAUUUAACUAUUUAAUAUGCAUAUACACUUACUGUAAUUAAGUUUUUUCUGUACUUAUCAUAUAUUACAUUGACUGCUGCCACAAAGUUAACAAAUUUUAUGAUAUAUGGCAAAGAUAGUAAACCUGAUUUUGAUUCCAAAGCUUCCUUUAUUCAUUAUCACAUUGUAACAGUAUCUCUACAUUGUGAUAGUACUACACAUCAAAACCACUUCUGAAAGGCACUAAAGUAUAUUAUAAGACCAUAGACAUAAAUGCAAAAGUAGGCCAUUUGGCCCAUCGAGUCUGCUCUCCCAUUCAAACAUAGCUGAUCCUUUUAUCCCCUUCUCAGCCCCACUUCCAGCCUUCUCGUAACCUUUGAUGCUGUGUCUAAUCAAGAAGCUAUCAAGCUCUACCUUAAAUACACCCAAUGACCUGGCCUCCAUAGCUGCCCGUGGUAAUAAAUUCCACAGAAUCACCACUCUCCAGCUAAAAAAAUUUCUCCACAUCUUUGUUUUAAAUGGACACUCCUCAAUCCUGAGGCUAUGCCCUCUUGCCCUAGACUCCCCCACCUUGGGAAACAUCCUUUCCACAUCUACUCAUUCUAGGUUUUUCAACAUUCGAAAGGUUUCAAUGAGAUCCCCCAUCAUCCUUCUAAAUUCCAGUGAGUACAGACCCAGAGCUAUUAAACAUUCCUCACAAGAUAACCCCUUCAUUCCCAGAAUCAUCCUUCUGAACCCACUCCAAUGCCAGUACAUCUUUUCUUGGAUGAGGAGCCCAAAACUGUCCACAACACUCAAGUUGAGGCCUCACUAGCACCUUAUAAAGCCUCAGCAUCACAUCCUUGCUCUUAUAUAACCAUAUAACAAUUACAGCACGGAAACAGGCCAUCUCGGCCCCUCUAGUCCGUGCCAAACGCUUACUCUCACCUAGUCCAACCGACCUGCACUCAGCCCAUAACCCUCCAUUCCUUUCUUUUCCAUAUAACUGUCCAAUUUAACUUUAAACAACAACAUCGAACCUGCCUCAACCACUUCUGCUGGAAGCUCGUUCCACACAGCUACCACUCUCUGAGUAAAGAAGUUCCCCCUCAUUUUACCCCUAAACUUUUGCCCUUUAACUCUCAACUCAUGUCCUCUUGUUUGAAUCUCCCUCACCCUCAAUGGAAAAAGCCUAUCCACGUCAACUCUAUCUAUCACCCUCAUAAUUUUAAAUACCUCUAUCAAGUCCCCCAUCAACCUUCUACAUUCCAAAGAAUAAAGACCCAACUUGUUCAACCUUUUUCUGUAACUUAAGUGAUGAAACCCAGGUAACAUUCUCAUAAAUACUCCAAAUUUGGCCUCACCAAUGCCUUGUACAAUUUUAACAUUACAUCCCAACUCGUAUACUUAAUGGUCUGAUUUAUAAAGGCCAGCAUACCAAAAGCUUUCUUCACCACCCUAUCCACAUGAGAUUCCACCUUCUGGGAACUAUGCACCAUUAUUCCUAGAUCCCUCUGUUCUACUGCAUUCUUCAAUGCCCUACCAUUUACCAUGUAUGUCCUAUUUUGAUUAGUCCUACCAAAAUGUAGCACCUCACAUUUAUCAGCAUUAAACUCCAUCUGCCAUCUUUCAGCCCACUCUUCUAACUGGCCUAAGUCUCUCUGCAAGCUUUGAAAACCUACUUCAUUAUCCACAACUCCACCUAUCUUAGUAUCAUCAGCAUACUUACUCAUCCAAUUUACCACCCCAUCAUCCAGAUCAUUAAUGUAUAUGACAAACAACAUUGGACCCAAUACAGAUCCCUGAAGCACACCACCAGCCUCCAAUCUGACAAACAGUUAUCCACCACCACUCUCUUAUAUUCCAGACCUCUUGAAAUGAAUGCUAACAUUGGACUUGCCUUCCUCACCACUGGCCCUACCUGCAAGUUAACCUUAUCUAGAAAUUCAUCUCUAGUUAAUAAUGAUAAAUUGAAGUCAAUAGAAUUAACUUUCAGAAGCAGAGUAAAACCUGCAGCCACUAUCACGUACUGCAUGUAGCAGUAUUGACAGAGGAGGAAUAUCAGAGUAUUUGUCACUCAUUGGCAGUCUGUUCACUCCUGAGUUAGAAAGUUAUUGGAUUGAGCUCUAUUCCAGGUGAUGCCUACAAGUAAAGAUGAGAAUUUAAAAUUUAAACUCUUGUACAUUGACAUUAAAUCAGUUUUUCACAUUCAGUAGGAACAAAAUCCUCAGAUGUAAGGCAUGAAUAGGAAGGACAAUACUUUCAAACUAUGACAAUAUCUUACAAUUCUGGAUGAUAUCUAAAAGGUACUUGCAGUUAAUGUGAGUAGAGAGGUGACAACCUAUGCCCUUUUGCAUCUUGUUAAACUUCUUGGUGGUGAGUUACGGUUUAGUCUGAGAAAUUUGCCUGAAGUAAAAUUAUUGAGGGUGUAGAUUGUUUGAUGUGAAGCUAUCAUGAAAAAUUUCUCAAAACUUAUUCAACUCACUCACAUAAAAUCAAUCCUCAUCUGCAGCCUAGUCCAUUAUAUUUUGCUGAAUAUAGGAAUGGAUACAGAAGAUACAGUGGUUGUUCAUAAAUAGAAAGAGCUGGACUUGUAACUGUGGAAAGGUAAUACAGAUAGGGGAGAGUAAUAGGAAUACUGGACAACACAACUUCUGCUUUCUAUGCUAGUGGUGCUGAGCUAACUUUUUCAAUAAAUAAGGUUAGCAUCAGGAUACAGAUCAACAUACUGCGUUCUAUAUAUGGGUGCCUUUCCAGCUUGAACUGGCAGUAGUUAGAAUCCUCUGAAUCUGAAUGAAAAGUAGGGUUGUUUUAGAGGAAUAGUAAGACAACAUUUUAAUUUUAGAUUUCCGUUUAUUAUAAAUAUUUAUAAUUUAUACUUUGAUCCCUUACUAGUUGGUCAUCUGACUAUGGCUACGGCAAAAUACAAUUUAAAUACUGGAAUGCUAUCUAGAGAUCUGGAUCACUAACCCAGAACCAUGAGUUCAAAUUGCUUGGGGAAUUCAUUUCAAAUAAUUACAUAAAAUUGGAACUGAGUGAUGAAACUAUCUGUGGGUACAACACCUUGCAGAACUAUUAAAGCCACUGUCUCACAGCACCAGAGUCCCUGCUCCAGGUCGUCAGGUGCUACCCUGUGGAGUUUAAAAAUUCUCCCUGUGACAGUAUAUACUUCCUUUAGGAGUUCCAUAAACAAUCCAGAGGUCAUCCAAAUCAGUCACAAGCCUUUACUCUCAGUUGCACAACGCUCUAAGAUAUCCGAUCUCACUUCUUGAGUUAAUGGCAGUCGUCUCAACUUUCAAGUCUCUAAGCACUGCAAUUCUCUAACAAGAUCACUUUAUCUCUCCUCCUUUACAAUAAUAAUUGAAACCAUAUUAUCCAUGCUCUCAGUUAGCCUGGUGUCAAAUCCUAUGAAAUGCCUUGGGAUGUUUUACCAAGAUGAGGACCUAUAUUAAUACAAAUUAUUCUCACUGGCCAUUCAAUUGGAACGCCUUCGGCUAAAGAACGGCCGUUAAACGUGUACAUAGAAAGUUCCAUAUGCUGCGUCAUGAGCUAAUAUUUCAAGCUGAAGUGGGGAAAAUAGACCCUACCCCAGAUUCCGAUUCCAAACUUAGCUUAAAAGGACCAUUAUAAAUGGCAAAAGGUAGCCCUCCAUGCCAUCUGUCUGGGCUGAAAUCAUACGCACUAUAUCAUGGUGGAAGGGGGAAAGAAGUGAAAAUAGGCCAAGCUGGGAAAUGCCAGGCACGUCACUUUGGUGAAAGCUGGCAGCCUGUCGGGAAAAUUGCAGCCGAAAUAGGAAACAAGUCUCCAGUCCGCUGGAGGAGGACUCUCCUCACGUUCAUUGGUAAUCCACAUCAAAUAAACAAUUUACAUUGGGAAUCCAAAAUGCCUUUUGAGGUAUGAAUAGGGAUUCGAUUAUGCCGUCAACAUCUUAGUUUGUGUUUAUCUCAAAGUUGUCACAAAUGCAGCACAACAUUUUAAAAAAAUCCCUAAAUAGAAUUCCUGACUGUUGCUCUGCCGGCAGCAUGAAAUAUAAUGGCAAUGAGUCGGCUGAAUUAUAAAGAACCCAUUCAAAGUCUCCACGGAGACGAAGCGUGACCAAGGUCGUACCACAGAAUGCACUGAAAGACUGCGAGAGAGGCGUAGUGUUUAAAAAUAAUAAACCGGAAAAAAUUGAGUCCGGAAACAUCGGCUGCAGAUGCAUUUGAAAGGCUUUGACCUAAUUGGGCUGUACUGCCCAUGCAGUUGAUAGGCGGCGACUGAGGAUGGCAGGAAGAGGGAUGCAGUGAACGGUGCGAGGCGGCGCGGCUGGUAAACGGAGUAAAACCCCCCCUCACUGAGGGAAGGGCGUCUUUCAAAUCUGCUUCCAAACCAUCAGUUCCCGGGCUGACGUCAGGAGUGGUGAAAAGGGAGAGUGGCUAGCGUUGCCUCCGUCGCCGCUAGUCGACCAACACACACUGACGGCGUUAUUUUGAGCUGUGCCGGAAGGAAGGAGGUGGGAACUCCCGAGAUCUUGUCUGAUUUACUGCGGACUCCCAGCCAUGGCCGGGCUGCGAAUCCCCUGCGCUGGUGCUGAUUCGGCGGGCUGAGCCUCCUGCAGGUAAACGUAGGGGCACGAAGAAGUGCGGGGUAACUGCAGUUUGUGUGUGUCCCUUGCCUUUCCGCUUCCUCCUUUCCACUGAAUUGACGCAGUAAAAAGUUGUUGCGGAAUGGUUGAUGUCUCGAAGUUGUGGACAGCCGGCAUGAAGAAGGCGCUGCUGGUUGUGGCAUUCAUCGGCGGGGUCUACUGCUUGUCGGACUCGAACCAGAGCCAUACCACCCCGGCGCCCUACUACGUAAACAUCGGCGACGGCACUUCGACUCAAUUCGACUUUCCCGAAAACACCGACGGUAUUAUUGUGGUUUCCAGCCGGUAUCGAGCGGCCACGGAAAAGGGCUGUACUAGACUGAUAGUUGAGUCUCUGGAUCCGGAUGUCCUCAAAAUAAUCAACGUUACCGACGCCGAAACCAUUGGCUUGGUGAAAAGUUACAUCGUCAGCAUUAAAUCCCGACUGGCCGGCACCGCACCACUCUUAAUCAGACUAUUGGAUGUCGCCAGGGUUAAGCCAUUCACCGUGGAAGAGCGAAAAGAUUACAUCAUUAAAGUAUCGCCUACUGAUGAUGUUUUAAGUUACAACGGACUGGCGCAUUUCUCUCAAAACCCUGUCCUUUAUUUUCUUUUGCCGUUGAUAUUUAUUAACAAAUGCGCUUUUGGUUGUAAGGUGGAGAUAGCGGUACUUCGAGGUAUUCUGAAGCAGCCACAUCCUGUUAUUCUAGGGGUGAUAGGGCAGUUUGUUGUUAUGCCCUUGUAUGGAUAUAUUAUGUCCAGGAUCUUCUCCCUGCCCAAAGCCCUUUCCCUUGGGCUGGCAAUUACCUGCUCUGCCCCAGGAGGGGGAGGAGGUUACCUCUACAGUCUUCUUCUCGGAGGGGAUGUUACCCUUGCGAUUUCCAUGACCUUGAUCUCCACUCUGGUUGCCACUGGUAUGAUGCCACUUUCAUCCACUAUCUAUAGCCACAUUCUCAAUGUUCAUGAAACACUCCACGUGCCAUUUACCAAGAUUUUGGUGACAUUACUGUUUAUAGCUAUUCCCAUUUCAACAGGAAUGUUAAUCAAGUAUAAAUUGCCACGGGUCAGUAAGUUCUUGCUUUUGUUCAUUCGACCCCUCAGUUUUAUAUUGAUCAUUGGGGGACUCUUCAUGGCCUAUCAAAUGGGAGCUGCCAUACUUUAUAAUGUGCGCAAAGAAAUAAUUCUUGCUGGAGUUGCUGUUCCUAUCUUUGGACUGUUCAUUGGAUAUCUUAUGGCCUAUUGUUUGAAAUUACCUGUGCCUGUGUGCAAAACAGUCAGUAUAGAAAUUGGAGUCCAAAAUAGUCUGCUAGCUCUUGCUGUGCUCCAGUUGUCCUUCCGCCGCAUUGAAGCAGAUUUUGCCUCACAGGCUCCUUUCAUAGUGGCCCUGAGUAGCACUUCGGAAAUGCUGCUGCUUGUGAUUGUUCAUUUCAUAUACAAAAGUCUCAGGGCCAGCCCCGUCUCUGAAGAAAAUGGCUUUAAAUCUUAAACUUUCUGGAUUGGUUCCAUUAAAGCAAAAUUAUUGCACUGCAAAUGUAUUUGAAAUAUUUUUCUACUGACACAUUUUCUAAAAUGAAAGUAUAUAGCUACUGCAGUAAAUUGAUAUGUUUACAUGGCAUUCUGAAAUGAGCCACUUCCAUGUUUUUGUUGUAAGCACAAAAAGUCUGUAUUUGGAAAACUGCUGUUUAAAAAUAGAAACUCUGGUAUAAUCUAGUAUCUAAUUUCAGUUGAAAUGACAACUGUAAGAUUUUGUUGCUUUAGGAAAGUCUUAAAUAAUUUUAAAUUAUAUUGCUUUAAAAUAGCUGUGACAAUUUCUUUUUAGGCAACAGUUUGUGCUAUGUGCAAUGACAGUUCUUGUCCCCUGUCAAUAUGAGAUGUCAAAGGCACGCAGUAUUCAAGAGAUUGCCACAGGGAUAAUGAGAAUUCUAUGAUUUUAGUAUUGUCUAGAAUGGUACUUGUCGGUGUUUUCUGCUUUGGUAAUUGGCAACAUUCUCUGAAACGUGUAAACAUAUUCCUCAAGUUGGACUGAAUAAGUUUUCCAGUGAUCAAAUUCUCAAUGGUGGGAGUGAGUAGGAUUCCUUGCUCAGGAUCUGCAUCAUUGGACAUUUUUUUUGCAAAAUGUUAGUUGUCAAUUUGUGUAUCCAGCACUAACUAAUACUUGUCUCUUUGGCAGUAUCAAUAAGAAUGCACCCUUUAUAAUUUGCACUCCUGAGCUUUAAUUUGCACUGUGCUAUUUAAACAAUAUCUUUAAUUUUUCUUCUGAAGAAAAUUUUCCCACUUCAUCCCACCUUCUUUAUUGACAGCCUCCCAAUCCCAUGUUUCUAGGCAUUAUUUCAAGAGUUGGCAAUUGUGAUGGGUAUUAAGCAGCUCGAUUUUAUUCUGCACACCUCUAUCAAGUCCAAUCAUAUCCUUGCACGAGAGCGUCCCAAUAAAACUCACUGAAUGCACAGGACUCCUUCAUCACUUCUACCUAAGCACUUCUCAUGAGCCCAAGAGUUUGGAAACUAGUUGUCAUUGCCGCCGCCACUACUGAGAUCAGCUACCUUGCCAAAGACUACAAGGGAAGUUACAUAUCUUUAACUUGAAAAGUUACAAUUAGAAAUUUUCUUUAAGUUUAGUUCUGCAUUCAAACAAAACAAUUUUAAAAAAUGGAUUUUAUAUUUGGGAAUAGAAUUGUAAUGAUUCAGUAACUGCUGUCAGGUUAACUCAUGCAGUCCAUUUGAUAUUGAUUUAAUUAGCUAGCAAUUUGUCAUAAAUGUUCAGAUUGUUACGUGGUUGUAGAGAUGUUGAAAAAAUUGCUUUUGAUUUUUUUUGUGGGGAAACAAAGUAUUUUGAAAUGGAAGAAAAAUCUUAAACACCAGGUACAUUAUGCAAAUGCACUUUUACCAUUUAUAGGAAGAAUUACACCUAUUCCAGAUAGUCUAAUUUGGGUUUUUUCAGUAUCCUUUCUCUGCUGAAGACAGCUUUAAAUAGAUUGCAAUGAUUUCUUUUCAGCUGGUAUUUCAUUAUGAAAACUGCAAUUCAUAAUCUAUUUUAUUUUGUGUACUCUGCAGUUGCCAUGUUCAUACAUUGUUACUUAAGUAAUUGUGCUGAGAAACAAGUCUUCUAUUCCUUGCAUACAGUAUUGUAUAUGUUACAAAAACAUGAUGAAAUACAUCUGGAAUAUUAUAAAGAUAUGCCAGCUACUUUUGAAAUUUCAAGAUGAAAUGAAAAAUAUUCUGUGGAUGCCUGAGUAAACAUAAGAUAAACUAAAGGUAAUUGGCAAAAGAAUCAAACGAUGCGAAAGGAGCUUUAAAUCAUCACGAUAUGGAGCAAAUUUCAUAAGAGCAUUCAGUGUAAAUCAUGUAACUUCCAAUAACUUGAGGAAAAAUUUAAUUGGCUAUGGGAAAAGAAAUGGAAAUCAUACAUUUUUUUAAAGAAACUGACAAAGGCAUAAUGGUCUGAUUGUUCUCUUGUUCUUUGUGUCAGUCUAAUUUGGUUUAUUAGUAAAAUAACUGAAUUUUCCUCAAUCUAGGUAUAAAUGCCUUAAGAACAUUUCAUUUGCCAAGAAUGUUCUUACUUUUAGUGUGAAAACCUAUAACAGAAUACAUUGAAGCAAAUUCUGUGUACUCAGUUUGCUGGCAAUGAGUUUACAUAAUAGAUGAGCAGAGUUGGCAGAUAAAAUGGGUUGCUGGAAAAAAGUUACUGUACAAUUAACUAUCAAGUUGCUCUGCAGUAUCUCAUUGUAUGCUUUUUACUGUUUAGAGGGAUCAAUAAUUAAAGUAGGUUUCAUACAUAGAAGUCAUCGUAUUUCUAUAUUUUGUGGGUCAUUGCAAUUCAGCCAACAAAGACAAAACCCCCUUCAUUUUAUUGAACUACACGAAGGCUUUUCUCCUCUGCAAAGGGUGGUAGAGGUUGAUACAAUUUACUAAAGCAGUUUAAGAAGAACUGCAGAAACACUUUUGCCAUGAGUACAGUGUUUGUUGCCCAACAUUCAACAUUCUUUCUCAUUUACUGGAGACCUUUAGCAUGAGGGACUUAAUUUACCCAGUGGUUUUGAUAAUCUCAUUUUGAAUAUGCUAUUUCCAGUCAAUCUUGAAUCAUUUAACAAAAUAAUAUUAGUGAAAUUGCUAAUAUUUUCUACAAAUCAGUAUAAUUUAACAACUAAAUUCAUUAGUAUUGCCACACAAAAGUCAAUCCAUUCAGUUGUUUCAUUCUGUUUUCAUUCAAAAAUAUGUUGCCUUUCACUGUACUUAAUUUGGAAAGAAACAUUGAAAUUGGCAUUUUUAAAAUGAGUACAUUUUUUGUAUAUUAGCAGUAAAUAAAACUCAGUAUUAACUGAGUUGUGGGUGGGGAAAAUACUGUUUGCCACAUCAACAAUUUUUGGGGGGUUUUACCUUUUUUUUGGUAUUCUGCGUCACAACUUCCUGCAAUAACAAUUUCCAUUGCUCUCCAGAUUGGAGCAUACCAUUCACUCAUUUCUUAAUGUGCAGGGUGGAAAAUGUAAUUCUUUAUUAUAAUUUUUUUUGUAUAUUGUGCUUUCUGCCUUGCCUUGACCAAUUCAAUAGCUUUAAAGAAUAUUGCUUGAGGGAAGAGUGGUUGACAGGACAUCUGAAAUUCUCUGUGUGUCUGUCCAAGUAGUAGCAGAUCUUUUUAAUAUAAUUAUUAACAUGACAUGCCAGUUAUAACAGCAGAUGCUGUAAAUUCUGACAUUUCAAAAUAAAAUCAGGAAAUGCUGAAAACACUGAUCAAACUUCUGUCCGCAGAAGCUACCUGACUUGCUGAAUAUUUUCAACAUUUCCUGAUUCAUAAUGCAAAUAAUUUUACUAAGAUGAAGGCUCAUGGGAAGUAUGCCCCAAAUAACAUUGUGUAUUGAUUUAUGGGUUUUUUUUUUUGCUGAGAAGAUUGAAUCCAUUACCUUCUAGAAUCAAACUGUUCAAAUAAAUAAAAGCCUUUGCUUUUGA